AUGCAUUUUUGCGUUGGAAAAAAGCGUUUCGGAAUCGGGCUAACUGCGCUGUUAAUACUUUGGAUAAAAUUGGAAAGCUUGGCUUCCUUACUUGCCGCAAUAUUAUUAUUGCUAACAUUUUUAUUAAAAUAUUUUUUAUAUUUAAUAUCGCUUUUAAUUAUUUCCAGGUUAAACGUUACCUUUGCCGAUUUUUCCUUUUUUUCGGUAAUUAAUAGUUUCGCGGCUAAGCUUAAAAAAAAGGACGAUGCGGCUAAUUUUUAG